CAAAGCAGAAGUUUACCUUUUAAAAACAAAUGCAACAUCUUCCAAAAGUAAAAACAAUUGCAAACUGUCAGGCAUUGAUGGCAUCCAAGUUAAGGGGCAUGCACUGCUGUGUUUAAAGAAGUAAUUAGAAAGUCCUAAUUAAAAUCUUAGGAAAACUUAACUAAUUUAAUCUGUAUUAAUUAGCAAGAUCAUCAUUUUGACUGCGAUUGUUCUGACCCUGUAAAGCAUUCUAAAUACAGAUAGAAACUCUAUUUUUGGCUUUAGCUUGAACACCACACAUUGAUUUUGAACACCUAACUAAAUUUGACUGUGUCUCUAGUAUUUUCUCGCCCCUGCCCAAGAAUAGUCUCUACUGUACUCCCUGAUCAUGUAUCAUAAUCAAGUGAAUAAAUGAUCUGUCUCUCUCUGGGUUGUCAUAUAUCAUCAUCAUCAUAUGUGUUUGUUUCUCGUCUUGUUUUUCUCUCCGUCCUCCAAGAAAGGGAUCCUUGGUUUGUUGGCAGGGAGAAAAGAAAGGAUCUAAAAGCAGCAGCAGAGCGAAAAAGAAGAGAGAAACCAUUUCUAAAUAAGAAAACAGCACCAGCCCCGCCGGCAACGCAUCCGAAUUCUCUCGUCAUCUCUAAAACAACAAUAGCAAACAGCAAAAAUAUGAGCAAUAUUUCAAGGACUGGUAACAGCACCACCCAGGCUUGUGCAGCUUGCAAAUACCAACGCAGGAAGUGCGCUCCUGACUGCAUUCUCGCCCCUUAUUUCCCUCACAAUCGCCAGAGACAAUUCCUCAAUGCCCAUAAAUUGUUUGGUGUUAGCAACAUUAGCAAGAUCAUCAAGAACCUUAACCCUCCCGAGAAGGACGAAGCCAUGCGUACCAUCAUCUUUCAAUCAGAUGUCCGUGCAAAUGAUCCCGUCGGAGGAUGUUAUCGAAUGAUUCGAGAACUCCAACGUCAAAUUGAAUACACUAGGGCUGAACUUGAUUUUGUUCUUCAUCACCUUGCUAUAUAUCGUGCCCAGGCUGCAGCCCAACAGCAGACUCAAUUGAUUCAAGCACAAGCAGCAGCAGCUGCCGCUGCCGCAGCCCCUGAUCAUCAGACCGAUCAUGACUGCCAAAGUAUCAUUAUUACAGAUACUUUCGACAUGUACGAUCCAGUCAUGCAAUAUCAUGAUCAAUACCCACAAGAACAUCAAGAUCAACAAGAAUUUGUUAUUCAUAAUCCAGAUAACAAUCAACUACAUUUACAAGAUCAAGAUCCUGCAAAUGCAUGGGCCACCGCGGCCAACGUGCAGGAUAUUUCUAACUUGUCGAUAUCAUCAUCGCCUAAUUACUUAGAUGAUCAGCUUAAGCAAACUUAUAACGGUGAUGAUCACUGUAGUACGCAAGAUGAUAAUUUGAAGCCGAUUCUUGAUGUAAACGACGACGUCAACUUUGAGCCUGAUGAUCAAGAUCAGGUAGUAGAUAUGAGGUUUGUGCCAUCCACGCAGUUACUUAUGUCAUCGUAGAUUAAUUAAUAAUGUAACCAUAUAUCAUGAACGAUUAAUUCAAAUAUUCUUGUUAAUUUUUAAGCUUA